CGCUUCUAAUGCAUAACAAAACCAACCUUGGAGGUUUUGAGCUAAGGAGAUGUUAAUCAUGUUCGACGAAUGUAAGGGGGAAAAAGCCAUUUAUUCUAGUCAUACCGAUGGUUAACUCACUACACUGGUUCCGUAAGGGACUCAGAAUCCAUGAUAAUCAACCUUUACGAGAUGCAAUCCAARGAAGUACAACAUUCCGUGCCGUGUUCUUCUUGGAUAGAACUACAGUCAGGAACGCCAAAGUCUCUGUCAACCGAUGGCGAUUUCUCCUGGAAUGCUUAAAAGAUCUAGACAACAAGCUAAAAGAGUUCGGAACUAGGUUAUAUAUCGUUCAGGGCCACCCUAUAGAUGUGUUUCCGAGGUUGAUCAAGGAAUGGGGGAUAACAAGGUUGACUUUUGAAUACGAUAGUGAGCCAUAUCCAAGUCAACGUGACUUGGCUGUACGAAGACUGGCCGAGAAUGAAGGAGUUGAAGUGAUUGUAAAAUCGUCACACUCUCUCUUCGAUAUUUCCAGAUUCGUUAAAGAGAAUAAUGGCCAAGCACCAAUCACGUUUAAGCAAUUCCAUUCCCUCCUAAGAAAAGUUGGCCUCCCUGAAGCAUGUGUAGAAACGGUUGACAAGGAGCUUUUUGGUUCUUGUGUGAUGCCUAUUGAAGAUGAUCAUGAUGAAAAAUUUGGUAUCCCAUCAUUUGAGGAGCUCGGGUUGGCGGUAGAAGAAGAAAAGGGUCCAGGGGUGUGGGUUGGUGGCGAAAGCCAGGCAUUAAAGGUUUUUCAAACAGCAAUAAAAGAGCUUUUUGAAUCAAAUGAAAAGAAUUCAAAGUAUUCAGAUGAUUCUCCUUUUCCAAAAUCUACCAAAUUAAGCCCUUAUCUACGAUUUGGCUGUAUCUCACCUCGCCUAGUAUUUCACAAGAUGACAAAGCUCGCAUCAAAGGUCAGUAACCCUGCAGCUUGUUUUGGAAUCCAAAAGUCUUUGCUGUGGAGGGAGUUCUUUUUUGUUAUUGCCAGCAAGAACCCAGCGCUAGAUAAGAUGUGCAAUAACUGUAUGUGUUUACAGUUCCCAUGGGACAAGAACAAUAAUUCUUUGGAGAGGUGGAAAAACGGCAAAACAGGCUUCCCAUGGAUUGAUGCCAUCAUGAGACAGCUCAGAAAAGAAGGCUGGAUCCAUCACUUAGCACGUCAAGCAGUAGGCUGCUUCCUAACUAGAGGAUGCCUUUGGGUGAGCUGGGAAGAGGGCUUCAAGGCAUUUGAAGAGAUGCAGUUGGAUGCAGAGUGGAGUCUUAAUGCCAGUUGUUGGUUGUGGCUUUCUUGUAGUGCAUUUUUUAACAGCACCCCAACACCAUGGUUUUGUCCAGUCAAUUUUGGAAAGAAACUUGAUCCAGCUGGUAACUAUGUAAGGAAGUAUGUUCCAGAAGUUAGAAACUUACCAACUGAAUAUAUCUUUGAGCCGUGGCUCGCUCCUGUUGAGGUCCAGAGACAGGCUGGUUGUGUGAUUGGUACUGACUAUCCUAAAAACAUUCUUGACCAUGAUAUAGCAAGAAAGAUAUGCUCAAACAGAAUGAGAGACGUUUAUAAUGGCCUUGUUGUUAAAGUAUCCAGUGCACCAGGACUCGGACACAAUGUAGUGCACUGGUUUCGAAAGGACCUUCGUCUCCAUGACAACCCAGCACUAUUUGAGGCACUUCCCAACUGUCGCACAUUCUAUGCAGUGUACAUAUUUGAUCCAGUCAACAUUAAAGCUGCUAAAGUAUCUGCCAACAGAUGGAACUUUCUUUUGGAAUGCCUCAGGGAUUUGGAUAAUAACUUAAAAAAGUGUGGGACAAGACUGCAUGUCCUAAGAGGUCAACCUACGACAAUUUUCCCAAAGCUUUUCCGUGAAUGGAAUAUCACCAAGCUUACUCUUGAAAGUGAGUGUGAGCCAUUUGGACAGCAAAGAGAUGAAGCAAUUGCCUCUUUGGCUGAAGAGUAUGGUGUUGAAAUGAGUUCAAGGUCAUCGCACACUCUCUACAGCAUUGACAAAAUUCUAGAAAUGAAUGGUGGAAAGUGUCCAACUCUGUUCAAAGAAUUCGAAAGUAUUAUCCGCAAGUUGGGUCCUCCAGAUAGCCCUGUAGAUCCAGUCACCCGUAAAUGUUUUUCGGCCUGUAUUUGUCCGAUUAAUGGUGCUCAUGAGGCAAGAUAUGCUGUACCAACUCUUAGCGAACUUAAUAUUGAUGAAAGUCAAGUAACUUGUGGUGAUCUGUGGGUUGGUGGGGAGUCGGAAGCUCUAACUAGACUAACAGAACUGGAAGAGAAGAUUUUUAUUGGGACUAAAAGAGAAUCUCCCGAAAGUGCAGCAGCUCUAUUACCAUCUCGCACUCAACUCAGUCCAUAUUUACGGUUUGGCUGUCUGUCACCCAAGAUGUAUUAUAAAAGACUGACAAUGGCAUACAUCAAGAUGAAAAGCAAGCCACCGCCAAUGUCGCUGUACUGUCAGCUAGUCUGGAGGGAGUUUUUCUUUACCUUGGCCAGCAAGAAUCCUAACAUGGAUACGAUUGAAAACAAUCCCUUGUGUCUUGAAAUAGGAUGGGAACAUAACGAGGAGGCCCUUACUUGCUGGAAAGAAGGCAAAACAGGCUUCCCAUGGAUUGAUGCCAUCAUGAGACAGCUCAGACAAGAAGGCUGGAUUCAUCACAUAGCACGUCAAGCAGUAGGCUGCUUCCUAACUAGAGGAUGCCUUUGGGUCAGCUGGGAGGAAGGCUUCAAGGUGUUCGAGGAGUUACAGCUUGAUGCAGAGUGGAGCGUCAAUUCAGGAAGCUGGCUUUGGCUGUCUUGUAGUGCAUUUUUCCAUAGUCAGAUCCCAUGGUUUUGUCCUGUUAGUGUUGGCAAAAAACUCGACCCCUCUGGUAACUACAUUAGGAAAUAUAUUCCAGAGCUUCGCACAAUGCCCAAUAAAUACAUCUAUCAUCCAUGGACUGCACCUGAGGGAAUUCAGAAAGCUGCCAAUUGUGUAAUUGGUAAAGACUAUCCCAAACCAAUCGYUGAUUAUGUUGAAAGACGAAAAGUCUGUUUACAACGUUUGAAGGAAGUUUGCUGUCAAAUCAAAACAACUACUGAAUCAGCAAUUUGUACUACCUGAAUGAGAUGACCUGAAUUGUCUAAAAGCUGGAGGAUAACAGUGGAUUUAAAUUGUGGCCUCUUACUUGGUAUAUUACAUACCUAGCUACAGUCAUGUUGUAUUGUUGAGAUAUUAUAUUACAGAUUCACAAUAGCUUGUUUACAGCAGCCAAAAUCCAGUCAUGCUUUUUUUGCCAUUUGCGUCAUAACAUCUUUGCGUUUUGACACUAUUUCUAGAAUACUCUUAAAACAUAGGACAAAAAAAGUGUAAUUAUUUUGCUAAAGAUACGAUUGGUCAUUGACCUUCAGGUGACUACAGUGAGGCUAUAUAUUUGCACUUAAAAAAAAGGCAUACAUAUUUGGUAUAUAAAACCAUUAAUAUUGCAGGGGCGGAUCAAGGAAUUUGUUAGAGGUGCGUCCCAAAUGAAGAAAUUUAUAGAGAUAUUAUGCAGUGCUUCAAAAGAGCGUAAGAGAAAUUACAGUAUUAGGGGGUGUCAGAUCUACAGCAGGGCACCCCCUGGAUCUCCCUUGUAUUGUAUAUAAAUAUUUGUACAUAACCUUUACUUAUCUACUGGUCUAAAGGCUUGUAAUUCAAGACACAUAUGUACAGCAAAAAUUUAAAUGUAUAAGCUUACAUACCUGCUAAUAAAAAUACGUUUGAACUUC